AUGGGUCAGGCGAGCAGAUUCAAGCGGAUGUGCGUCUUCUGCGGCAGCAGCCACGGCAACAAGAGCAGCUACCACGACGCCGCCAUCGACCUCGCCAACCAGCUCGUUGGUGGGGGCAUCGACCUGGUGUAUGGCGGCGGCAGCAUCGGGCUGAUGGGGCUCGUCUCCCGGGCCGUCUACCACGGCGGCAGGCACGUCAUCGGGUAA